UCUAAUUGCACCUUAUUUUAUAAUUAUAUGAAAAUCAAUUUAAAAAAAAUUGGCAGUACCUUAGAAAUAUAUCCAUACCAUUUCGUUAAAUUUAAAUAAUUGUGUAAGGAUUUUGAUUUCUAAAUUGAAAAUUCGAUUCGCCUGAAAAACGUUACUGUUCCCAAUCGAGUAAUCGAGUUCACGUCGAAUUCUGUCGCACUAGUCUUACGUAAUUACUCUGAUUAUCAGGGCGAUCACGUUCAUGAAGAAAGUAUACUCUAUCAGACUGACGUCCCUAUAAAAACGAACCCUGACAAUUCAAAGUCAUCACAGACCUCAGUGAGUUCGAGUGAACAACAACCAAUAAGCAUCAUGAACUCCUUCUCGAUGACAUUCAUCGUCCUGGUGGCGAGCUUGGCAACGUCAAUGGCAGGCGGCGUGGUACCUGCAGCUGUAGCCGCGCCAGUAAUUGCUGCACCUGCAGCUGUGGGUUAUGCCAAGGCAAUACCAUACAACAUUCCACCCUUUGCAUCCAGAGUUGACAUCAGUACAAGAGCUCUUGCAUCACCAUACAUAGCAGCUGCACAUGCAGCACCAAUCGUAGCUGGACCUGCACCAGUUGUCGCAGCCCAUUCAGCGCCGCUUAUCGCUGCACCUGCACCAGUUGUCGCAGCCCAUUCAGCGCCUUUUAUCGCUGGACCUGCACCAGUUGUCGCAGCGCAUUCAGCGCCACUUAUCGCUGGACCUGCACCUUUGACCUACGGUGCAGUCCCUGCUCACCUCGCAGCUGCACCUCCAUUGGUGCAUUCUACGUAUGCUGGAAGAUUAACUGCACCUUUAGCCGCAUAUGCUGCCCACGGACCUGCUGUUAUCGGUUAAAAAUUUAUGUGUUCGAGUUAUGAAUUGCCUUGCCACCCACCACGCUUUUUGUCAUAAAUAAAAAUAUUUUACUUAAAAUUCA